AUGAACCCCCCGCCUCAAAUGUUCGGGGCUUACAACGCAGAUGGCCUACCGGUUUCGACAUUACCCGAUUUGAAUGGUCCAAUUUUUGGUGAUGGGACCCUUCUCGAUGAAAGCAGCGAGGCAAAGCGGAGGAGGAUAGCGAGGGCUUGUGAUAUGUGCCGGAAGAAGAAGAUCAAGUGCGAUGGAAAGUUACCAGCUUGUACGCAUUGUAUCAACUACAAAACAGAAUGUGUUUUUACGCAGGUCGAGAAGAAGAGGAACCCUCCAAAAGGAGCGAAAUAUAUCGAAGGCCUCGAGAAUCGUCUAGGUCGCAUGGAAAGUUUGUUGAAGCUAUCUGGCCUCCUUAGCGAAGAAGAUGGUGGACGAACGGAUCUGGGAACAUUGGAGAAGAUAUUACAGGAAAAGAAUCAAUCGCGGAGAGCAUCUGCUGUGCCUGCUUCAAGCGCAACGUCUCCGACUCAAAGUACCCCAAGUGCCCCGCCCGAAGCGAAUGGAUCGACCCCUAAAAGUACUAUCGCAUCGCCGGAACCAAAUAAAGAUUCCGAGAAGCGCAAUAGCAAAGCCAGUAAAAGUGGAGAGACUGAUGAAAAUGGGGAGCCCGUCGAGGCGCUUUCAGAUAUGAUGUGCUCCUUAAUCACAAACAACUGUGGAGAAACAAGAUAUAUAGGAUCAUCGUCUGGGUUCUCCAUAUUUUCGCCAAAGGGCAUCUCAUGGGUCAAUGAGAAAACAGGCGAUUCAUCCUUUCAAGAGAUGAUAUCUUCUGCUUCCGUGGACGAUAAUAAGAUGAUGUAUUGGAAGCCAGAAGUUUUCUCGGAUUUGUUUGCACGACCGAUAUGGAGACAACUUCCUCCUAAAAAUGAGUGCGUAUCUUUACUCAAGGACUUUUUUGAAAAUUUUAAUUGCAUGUUUCCCCUUUUCCACCAACCUACUUUCAUGCAUUUGGUCGAUCGACAAUACUCUAGUGAUCCUUAUGAAGGCUCCGGAUGGUGGGCAAGUCUCAAUUGUGCCCUUGCCAUUGCUCAUCGUCUCCGCGUCAUGAGUCAUCUCGUGCCACAAGAAGAAGACACAAAAGCUUGGGGCUACCUCAAAAAUGCCAUGGGCGUUUUCACUGAGCUCACGAUGCGAAAUACUGAUUUACUCAGCGUGCAAGCUUUGUUGGGAAUGGCUUUGUUCAUGCAGGGUACACCAAAUCCCCAGCCUUCUUUCUUUCUUGUAGCAGCCGCUAUUCGACUUUCACACAGUAUUGGUCUUCAUAAACGUGGAUCUGGCUUCAAUCUCAACCCGGUUGAGAUUGAGCAACGCAAACGUGUAUUUUGGAUAGGAUACAUGCUAGACAAAGACAUAUGCUUACGCUCAGGAAGACCUCCUGCACAAGAUGACGAUGAUAUGCAUGUCGAAUUACCAAGCGCUGACCCCGAAGAUAACAUUGGUAAUAUCCCUCUAGCCGAUGGAAAAGGAAAAGUCAACCUCUUCCGCUUGAUGUGUGAAUUUUCAACGAUUGAGAGCAAAGUAUACAAGCAGCUUUAUUCGACCAAAGCUUCAAAACAAUCAGAUGGGGAACUUCUCAACACCAUAGGCGAGCUUGAUUCUCAACUUGAAGAAUGGAAAGACAGUAUCCCAGUUGACUUCCGUCCAGAGCACGAGAUCAAGGCUUCGCAUACCCCGUUAAUUCUCCACGUUGUUGUUCUUCAUUUCGCUUACUAUAAUUGCCUCACUACAAUUCACCGAAUGUCUGUUCAUCACGGAUAUUGGACUAGCCGUCUUUCCAAUUACGCUAUUCAAGGCUUGAAUGCUAGACCUCUAAAUCCUCGUGUCUUUUCCUCAGCCGCAUUGUGUGUAUCUGCUGCUCGGGCUUCCAUACAUCUUAUCAAAUAUGUUCCCCAGGGUGACUUCGCUUGUGUUUGGCUCAUCCUCUACUUCCCCGUUUCCGCGCUUGUAACACUCUUCGGCAACAUUUUACAAAAUCCCCAAGACCCCCGGGCACGUUCUGAUGUUCGUCUUAUGAACCUCGUGGUUAAUUUCCUUUCUAUGUUGGGCACCGAGGAAGAAAACGGAGGUGUAAAACGUAUGCUCGGAGUUUGCUCAGAGUUCGAGAGAAUAGCGAAAGUCGUUUUGGACAAAGCAGAAAAGGAAACAUCUUCAAGAAGAAAACGAAAGAGUGGUGAUGAUUCGACGAAAGCGUCACAUAUGCCUAGGGCGAGUCAACCACGCACUCCUAUGAACACUACUCAAUCCCCCAUGCCUGGAGUCUUUUCUCCCAACUCGACGAACCAAAUGAACUUUCAGAACGGGUUUAGCCCGAUGCAAGAAGCUUCUCCGAACUCUAAUUGGCAAUCUGACUUUUGUCCUUCUGGAGGUGAUUUUAUGGGACAAAAUACGGGCACACCAUUUGGGAGUGUUCAAGGCUUUACAAAUGGAAAUGAGUUCAACUCUCCAUUAAAUCCAAAUUCUUUCCAACAACCUUUUGUCCCUCAGGAUCUCUGGCAGAUGCCAAUGACCCUUGAAUGGGACUGGGCAGAAAUGACAGGGGGCGCAUAUCAAAGUUUCGAAAAUGGAGUUAUGGGAGACCCUAAUCUGCAUAUGAACGAUAAUUCACAUCUACAAAAUCAAGGUGGGGGAAUGUAA